UCUUCAGACACACACAAUCACAUACACAACAAAUGUCAAUUACACUUUUGAGUUCGAAUUAAGAACAUGGCUUCGUGGGUGAGAGGCAAGUGCGUCGGUAAGGGCGCGUUCGGCGUUGUCAACAUCGCGCUUUCCAAACACGACGCUCGCGUUUUCGCGGUGAAGUCGGUCGACAUCAAGGCGGGGCGACAGGGACAGGUGGAGGCGUUGGAGAACGAGAUUGCGAUUCUGAGACGCCUGGCCUCGCCGCACGUGGUGGCUUAUCUCGGCGACGAUGUCACGUGCGAAGAGGGAUUCUUCAUCAGGAACCUUCAUUUGGAGUACAUGCCAGGUGGCACCGUCGCUGACUUGGCUCAUGCUGACGUGGACCAGCGGUUGCUCAGGCGCUACGCCUGGUGCAUCGUUAGCGCGCUGCGUGAUGUGCACGCGCGAGGUUUCGUCCACUGCGACGUCAAGGGGAGGAACGUGCUCCUCGCCGCUGAUGGCUCCGUCGCCAAGCUCGCCGACUUCGGCGCCGCUGUCGCCGCCGAGGCCGCGGUUAUGCCGCGGGGGAGCCCGAUGUGGAUGGCACCGGAGGUGGUGCGGCGGGAGCGGCAGGGGCCCGAGGCGGACGUGUGGUCGCUCGGGUGCACGGUGGUGGAGAUGGUGACGGGGAAGCCGGCGUGGGAGGAUCGAGGUGUGGACACGCUGAGUCGAAUCGGUUACUCGGACGAGUUGCCGGAGUUUCCGAGCAAACUGUCGGAGCUAGGGAGAGAUUUUCUCGACAAGUGUCUGAGAAGGGAACCAAGGGAACGGUGGAGCUGCGAUCGGCUGCUGCAGCAUCCAUUUUUGCUUCCCUGCGACCGCGUUUUGGAAUCGUCGCCGAGGUGUGUUCUGGACUGGGUUGACUCAGAGUUCGCCGAGUCGGAUAACGAACGUGAACACGAAGAGGAGAAAAUAAUGUUAAAUUUUAACCGCAAAGAAAAUUCAGUAAAAAAUAGGAUUAGUAAAUUAGCGGCGGGGUCGAGGGUAAAUUGGGAAAGUGAGGGUUGGGUUGUGGUGAGGGAAAUCGAGUGGAAUGGAGAACCAUGGACAAGUGGAACAGAAAGAGCGUGUGAUGAUGGUGUGAGUUGGAACAAAGAAAGGGUAAAUUGGGAUUUUUUCAAUGCGGUGGGGACUGGUUUGGAAUAUUGUGAUUUUGGAGGGGUAAAGUGGGAAAUGCAAAAGUUUGAUAACAGAGGUGAAGGGGGUGGUGGUUGGAACAGGUAUGGGUGGCAAAAGUUGGAUAGGAGUAGAGGAAUAUUGAGCAUUUACAGAUUGAGUUGUAAAAAUUUCAUGUCGAGUUAUAUGUUAUUUUUAAUGUAUUUUAAUAUAUUAUGCCUUUCGAUUACUUUUGUUGUUUACCUUUUACUGCACGUGACUCAAAUAAUAAAAGGGGCUUUUGGGGAAAAAAUGAAUGGGAAAGGAAAAGGGUUUGCAAAUUGCAACUGAGAUGGAAGAAUGGAGCGUGAUUGAGAUUCAUCCCAUGGGGUGAUGGGUGGGACAAUAAAUUGGGUGGUGUGAACUGUGAAGUGAGAAAUGAUGCACAGUUGGACACAGAAUGGAUGCCUCACUUUAGUUGUGUCAAUCAUAUGGGAGAUCCGAUCUAGGUUGGGAAUUUAACAAAAUGAAAUGAAAAAUGAGAAGAGGUGGAGCAAAGAUUAAAAAAAAA